AUUGGGGUAGCAUAAAACAUUUAACAUAAAAUAAAUUUUCUUCCACAAUCGAAAAGGCUUUACGGAAGAGCUAAUCGAUGGAUUUGGCAAAUGUAGCUGGGAUAUUCCCCCCAGUCUCCAAUUAAGAAAAGCGUGGAGUGGUUUAGCUAACGGUCAAUCACAAUCUCGCGCUAAAUGUGCGUGUUCUUUAGCCAAUUUUAGCGUCUUGUUUUACUACAAGCUGUUUGGGACACCAGUCCUCCACUUUGUGUACUUGUAGAGGACGCCUGUGUCAACAUCUAGCCUAGUUUUAAAGGUGAUUAUGGAGGGGGAUGAGAUGGAAAUGAGCAAAGAUGAGAUCCAAAAUUGGAUCAGAGAGGAAGUACAAAACAGUGACCUGAUCUCCCCAGAUGUGUUGGAAAGAUGCAGGCAGCUGCAGUCUCUGCUGGAAAAGAGGGAAAAACAAGCCAUCUGCCUCAUGAAGCUUUGCAAGUCUGUGGCAGCAUGCGAAGCAGUUGUGAAGAAACAGUACUCUCUGCUGGGACUGGAGUACAGAGACACAGAUUCUGAUGAUGACAAUAUCGCUGACUGUGGAAAUACACCUCGACCCUCAUGUGACUCCGUUGAUUUUGAGACUCAUGUCCGUUGUACUCCAGCUACUAAAGGCCAUACUCCUCUGUUACCAAAGCAGAAGGACACGGAUAAAAUAAAUGGAGACAAUGGCACAAAACGCUCUGCCAGCUUAAUAAGAAAACCAGUGGUGGUGUUGACCAGAUUGCCUCAGCGCAAGAUUGAUGCUCUAUGCCAGCUAGCACCUGUGGGUGAUGACAGUGAACACGAAUCCUUAAUCAGUAUGGAUUCUGAUAUGCAGUGGGAACCAGAAGAUGACUCAAGCGAUUCUGAUUUUUCUGAGUCAAGUUUUAAGACUGGGUCAAAAAGGAGGAGAAAAAUAGACACAAAGAAAGAAAAACUUUUUAAGAAUCUUGCAACACCUCAAACAAGGACUAAUACAAGUGCUACGAGCGAUGCAGCAGAAACUUCGUCGCCACAAGCCAACGCAGAUUCUGAUGCCAAGAGCAGUACAGAAAAAACACCAGUGCCCCAGGCCAGCACAAAAACUUUGACAGCACCAGGAAAUACCAAUGGGUUAAAACCUGCGUGCAUAGCAUCAGUUCUUUCCAAGUCCACUGAUGAAACCACCAGGGUUGUCCCUACUAUGCCACCAGGAGAGAUCAAUGUGAACAUGUAUGUCCUGGCUAGGAAGAAGGCCAUGAACUGGCAAAGGGGGAAACUUGUGGAAAUACUAACAAAGGAAGAUGGUAGGGUGAAAUACAAGGUGAUUUUUGAUGAGAAAGGGAAGAGCCUAGUGUCCGGUCACCACAUUGCCUUUGACAUCAUGCCAAAGCUGGGGCAACUGUAUAUCGGUGCUCGUGUGGUGGUUAAGAGUCAAGGUGACCAGCCCCAGUUCUGCCCUGGCAUUCUGGCAGAGCUCCCCUCCAGAAAAAAUCGCAUGAGGUUCCUGGUUUUUGUUGAUGAUCACGUGCCAGUCUAUGUUGGCUUACCUUUACUUCACCUGGUUUGCAGACCAUUGACUGACCCUUUGGAAGAUAUUGAAGACGACGCUCACAGGAAGUUCAUGAGGCAGUAUUUGAAGGUCUGGCCAUUCCCACCUGUGACACAAUACAGGCAGGGACAGCAAAUUAAUGCAGAACUUAAUGGAACCCAGCAGAUGUGUGAGGUGCUGACUGUUGACUGCAGCCUGAUAGAGGUUGUUUUUCAGAAAGAUCAACAUAAGGAGUGGAUCUACCGAGGCUCCAUGCGCUUGGAAUACAUGAUUAAUAUGAUGGAACAUCUGGAGUCGAAAAAGGAGGAGAGAGACAAGAAGAACUGACUGGAGAAUAGCAAGGAGGAGUCCCACUGAUUUAAAUGAAACUUGCCCGUCAGGUGCAAUUUGGGCCCAAAGAGUUACCACAGUUGACUCUUUCUCUGCCGGAGCUGAAAGUAUGCAUUCACAUAACAUUCAGGCCACUGUGCCAAAAGCCAAUGCUGUUGUGUGGACUUGGACAGGAUCGGGAUUCAUGUUAGAGUAGCUGAAAACGACCAGUCCCCUAAAACCACCAAAAAGCUGUUGUUUGUUUAUAUUCACAUUCAUCUAUUUUAGUGUUAAAUAAAAGUAAUUGUCAUUUUCUUUUUAGAUGUUUUUAUUUUAAACUUGUUAAGUCAUAAAUGAGAUUAAAAACAAAGCGGCAACUAGGUUGAACAUGAAAUCCACAAACUAUGGACGCCAGCAAAGAAAAUAAAUAAAUGCAAAGACAUGGUUAAAAUAAAAUGUCAAAAUGUUAUGUCAGAAGUAUAUUAGCUAACUAAACAGUUAAUUAAAGUGUACAUUUCCUCACUUACUUCUGUCUCUGAUAGUGCUCACAGCAUCCCACUGAUCUCCCCUGAUAUUUUCUUACUCGGCUCACUAAGAGUUGGGAUGUUUCAAUAGUGUAAUUCGUUAAAAUGAUAAGGGAAUCUGCACCCUGACUUUAACCUAAAUAAUAUAUCAGUCAGUGCUUAUUCACAUCAGUGCUUACAAGAGGUUUAAUUCUCAGUAUCUGUCUCUAGCCAUUAUAUUUGUAUAAUGCACUACAGCAAAUAGAAAAUAAUGAAACAUGUCGACAUCCUUCAAAUAAUUAAAAAUAUUCCACAAAGGCACAAUAGACAUGUUGCAAUU